AUGGGAGGCGACUUGCCAUUCUCACAACGUCCCAUCAUCAUCUUGGGUGCCGGCAUCAUCGGUUGUGCCACGGCUCGACAGUUACUUCUCAAUGGAUUCCGUGUGAUCUUAGUGGCCGAGUAUCUGCCCGGCGAUCAGAACAUCUUCUAUGCUUCCGCUUGGGCCGGUGCAGCAUGGCAUGCCGCUGGCGGCAUCAGCCCCGAAAAUCAAUACUUCCAGGCUGUCACCCAUCGCCACUUACUCAUGAUGGCUCAGGAAGAGCCGGAAUCAGGCAUCUGCAUUGUCGACUCCCGCGAGUACCUCGAACAGCCGCCUACUCCGAACUCAUCUCUGUGGGGAAAGACCGUGGUGUCCAAGUUCCGCGACUUGAGUCCCGACGAAUACCCUGCAAACUUCAGCUGCGGAUGGGCCUAUGACUCUCUCGUUACCGAUCCAACGCGGCACAUGCCCUAUCUCGGCAAGAAGAUUACCUCGCUGGGUGGCCACUUUAUCCGGAAACGAGUCGAAUCGCUGCAGGAGCUAUACAACAUGUUCCCCGAGUCGAGCGUUUUUAUCAAUGCCAGCGGACUUGGGAGUAAGACUCUUGUUGACGUUCAAGAUGACAAAUGCUUCCCCGAGCGUGGCCAGAACGUGUUCUAUCGGACGACAAACUGCCAACGAAUGUACUUCCGGAACGGCAAAGAGUAUACCUAUGUUAUCCCCCGGCCUUUGUCCAAGGGUGUUGUCCUUGGAGGCAGCAAACAGAGAGACACUGUUUCUCCAGAAGUAGACAUGGACAUCGCCCGAGACGAGAUCGCACGCGCCCAUCGCCUUGCUCCUGAUAUCGUCCCUGAGAACCCCGACGAUGAAGACGUCAGCCAUAUUAUUGGUAUUCGGCCGUCCCGGGAGGGAGGGUUCCGACUGGACUCGGAACAGAUUGGUGAUCGACUUAUCUUGUCGGCUUAUGGCUUUGGAGGAGGCGGAUAUGCAUUUUCUUACGGCGUUGCGGACGCUCUGGCGAAGAUCGUGGAAAAGGCAGAACGGGAUAAUGUGAUUGCUCAGGCUGGGCCUUGA